AUUUUCUGCAUAUUGUCAGAGUUCGCUGGCGACAUGGCUUGAUUGAUUCUUGUAAGGUAUUCUUUGUAUUUGCGUUCGUUAGUGUGAUGUCUGUCUCUGUCGCUUUGCUCAUUUCGCUGUUGUUUCCUUCAACUUCAUCUCAUACUACUUCAUUCCAGCUUCAGUCUUUCGGGAGCCUUGACAUAUUCAUCUUUCUAUUCUGCUAUCUGCUCUGGAGUAGAAGUCACACCGUCCAUUGCUCUUAUCUUUCUAGUCUCUAAUCUCAAUAUCAUUGCCACCGAGGGUCUCCAUCGACUCUAUUCUACUCACGGAGUGACACUCCAUUCUCCAGCCAGAUGACAAGGACUCAUCCGCCUACGUUCUUGCUUGCCAACAUGCUGCUCUUUCUCCUGCUGAUAUUGAGUCCUGCCCUAGCAGGGAAGCUGCUGACCGGGACGUCGGUACCUGCUCAUGACGCAUCUGCAGAAAUUGAUCUGGUAUCCUUCCUACAGUCGAAGACGCAACAGCAUGAUGCUAUCUUUACCGAAGCGGUGCAGCUACUUGAAUCUAUGAAGUCGUCGCCUUCCUGCAACCGGAUUGCAGCUUCAAGGCUCGUCGCAUCUUGUCAAUCGAUAGGGGGAACGACUGAUCAUACAGAACCAAGUACAUAUCUUGCAUUGGAACAUGUUCGCUCUCUGUACGCGGCACGACUUGCAGUAUGUGAACUCGACGGAGCGGGAGCAUCAAUUCCUCCUCCAUGUCUUCCAGUUACUCUUGAGGCCCCGCGGAAGAAAGGAUUCUUUGGGUUUUCCUCCAAUCAUAAAUCCACGACCACCACAGCCGACUCUAUGCCGACUGAGAUUCUAGAAUCAUGCUUACGGUCACUGGAAUCUCGACCACAGUGGUGGACAUCGUAUAGUAAUAGUAGACAGAAUGCCAUGGUAAUAUGUCAAGCAACGCGACUUGAGACGGAGAAGGAGGAGCUUCUUGAGCUUCAUCGCUCAAUAGUCGAAAGCUCAAUCAAGCUUAGCCAUGGGCUCAAAGAGGCACUUCAGAUGGCCUCUGCAGAGACUUCCCAGCGUCAAGCCUUCAUGGAGGCGACAGCAGCUUUGCAGGCGAAGCUGACACAAGACCUGGAAGCAACUGAGACUGGCUUCAGAGCUCUUCUGGGCAACUUAAAGGAAGGUAUCGAGUUUGCCGUCGAUUCUGUAGUUACAACUGCGACCUCAGCCCUUGCAAGGGUACAUAAUGAUGCAGCAACCCUCGAGAAGGACAUUCGAAAUGCUACCAAUGAAGUCAACUACCUGCGACAAAUGCUGCAUGCUGUUUAUGAUGAAGCUCUGACCAGAGAAGCACAGAGUGUGCAUGCUCACGAGCAGAAUGUUGAAAAACAGAAUGAGCUUGCGCUCUCAAUUCAGUCUAGGCUCGAGUCACUUGUGCACGGCGAUGUGGCCAGUCUCUUUCAGAAUGUCGAAACGUUUGACGCUUCGCUAUCAUGGCUCUCAGAGAGGCUAGGACUCAUUCUACAACAGGAGCUGAGCUUGUCCGAGCAACUGCGAAAUUUCGAGGCAUCUCUUGAAAAUUCGCAAUUGAAGGCUGAAGCUAUACGUACAGCUCAGCUGCAACAGUUCGAUGCGCUUGAAGCGCAAUAUAGAUUACAGCAACAUAUGGAAACCAACUUCCAAAUUUCGCAAGCGCUUCUUGAUAAGGCAACUGCGACUGCUGCGAACCUACAAGCAAUGAUCGACGAAACGACGACCAGAUAUCGAGAUUCCCCAAUCUUAGGGAAUGUUAUCGGACCAUACUCUGCAUGGACAGUGUGUGGUAUUCUUCUCAGCUUUAUAGGCGCGUACAAUCCAAAAUUGGCUCUGCCAGCCCUUUUGAUCGGUGCCGUUCACCUUACGAUGACGAGAUUCUACCACGGCGUUCUAUUUUAGCUCUCGUCUUCAACAACCUUUCGUAUUCUUCGCUACUUGCAUUAUUUAGUCCACAUAUCUAUGUCGUCGUUUCGAUUUUACUAGGAACGGGCUUGAGCGAAUGGGGAGUUUCAUGGGCUUAUUAUUUCCGUCGUUAUACCAGAUUACUUUGAGGGUGGAGGGAAUGGGCGUUGAUAGUUAAGUGAUAGUUAGGUGACCGAAGG